AUGGCCCAUAGGAUGAGUUAUCGGAUGCUGAUCUUUGUGAUCCUGCUCUUGAUCCAGUGCCGGUUUGAGUUCACUAACGUCAACUGCACAUCGCUGAAUAAGAAAUUCGGGGAGUGUGAAUAUUUAUAUCUGAAGUCGGUUAAUCGGACCUAUAAAUAUUUGUCCGGGAAAUUUAAACUUUAUCAACUGCCGGUUAAAGCUCUGGACGUAAAUUUUGUGUUGCUGAAGAGAUUCAACGGAUAUAAGCCUUUCCUGUAUAACGUAACCGUCAAUGCCUGUAAAUUGUUUGUCAACCCCAAGUCCAGUCCUGUGGCGAAAUUCUUCUAUGAUUCGUUUCUGACCUUCUCUAAUAUGAACCACUCCUGUCCAUACAAUCAUGACAUUAUUAUCGAUAAGCUCCCCGCUGACUUUAUCAAUCACCGACUAACACAACUUCUACCCUUUCCCCAUGGCGAUUAUCUCGUCGAGGCCUAUUGGUCUCGCUCGGGAUCUCUGUUCGCCAUGGUCAGAGUAUAUGGCAGCCUUUCAUAA